GAAGCUGUGUUAAUGUUUAAACCUGCUCCAUCGGAGUUAAUGCUUUACCUUGUGAGUGUGGUGUGAGUCUGAAACUGUCUGCGGGCUGUGCAGUGAGGACCACUCACUCCUUUACCUCCUCGUCCUCUCCGUCCGAUGCGUCUUGGCCCGGCGUCUUCCUCGUGCUCUCCUGGUCUUUCCCUCCCCUCGUGUGUGGACACUCUAAUGAAUCAUAUGGAAUGAUUACUUGACUGAGAGUUCCUGUCCCCGCCCUGCAAGUAAGAGUUAGUGCAGCAACGAUAGCAAAUUACACAGUUGCCUAUCUAAGCCAAUGGAGUAACAGCGGUACUGUGGUCCUGGGCCGCAUGGAGACGGUUGGGAAUUACUCAGGGAGAAGUCCUCGCAGAACAUAAUACCUGCUCUUGAGACUUUGGCAUGGAAGAAGCGGUGGUUUGUUCUUCGCAGUGGCCGUCUGACGGGCGACCCAGACGUGUUGGAGUACUACAAGAAUGACCACACAAAGAAACCCAUCCGUGUGAUUGAUCUCAACUUGUGUGAGCAGGUGGAUGCUGGGCUGACGUUUAGCAAGAAGGACUUGGAGCACAGCUUCAUAUUUGACAUCAAGACCAUUGACCGCGUCUUCUACCUGGUGGCUGACACCGAAGACGAGAUGAAUAAGUGGGUCCGCCACAUCUGCGACAUUUGUGGAUUUAACCCCACCGAUGAUGAAGCAGCAAAAGCUGCUCAUCAGUCAGCCACCGGGGGCCUAGUGGUGGACACCCCCCCACACCCAGUUGGUCUGGCAGCAGGUGUGCUGUCCAGCGUGCCGCCUCCUUACCAACCGGUCAGCGUGCGACACCUGGACUCUCAGUCCAGUUCAGAGGAGCCCCAGGAUUACCUGUGGCUGGCCAACUGUGAGAGUAAAAAGCCCGAACCCAACAGAGCCCAUGCUGAGUGUUCCAAGUCUACCUCUUCAGAGACAGACCUGAAUGACAACCUCCCGUCUCACCGCACGCCUACAUCCUCCACUUCCUCAGCCAAACACACGUCGCACAAUGGCUUCUUCCCGCAGCACCAGACUCCUGCCUCCGCCCCGUCUAUCUACGACUCGCCUCCGUCACGCGGUGCCUCACUCUCAACUGACUCCGGCCUUUACCACCUCCCUCGCAGCUACUCCCAGGACACUGUGCUGCUCCCCAAGUCGGCCUCCUCGCCUCUGGCUCACCCGGACGGCGGGGACGCCUCCGACAUUUACGUCUUCAACACGCCGUCGCGGAAAGCCUCGAUGGAGACGCAGAUGCGCCACCCUUCCAUCAGCUACGACAUCCCGCCCACACCUGGCGCAAACUGUACCUACCAGGUGCCCCGCACGUUAUCGUCGUCGACGGGGGUGGGAGGCUCGGAGAGCGGGGGGGACGUCCCCCCUCCAAGACCACCGAAACCUUCGCUCAGUUCCACCUCAGGACCUCCGCCUCCCCCCGCCGAGCGCUCACCUACGGACACCUAUUGCGUGCCUCGCUCUGCCUCCGAGACAGACGGAAACUACUGUGUGCCUACUAGUGCCGGGAGUAAGGCUUUACGCAGCAACACUAUUGGUACUGUGGACUGUUCGCGUCUCCGAAAAGAUUUUGGAUCCCAGGACUGCUACGACAUUCCUAGAUCAUUCCCCUCCGACAAAAGCUGCUCAUUUGACUUCAACGAAAGCUUCAACAGCUACUUUAAAAACAAAGGAAUGAUGCCAGUAGGCAGCCAGUCCACAGAAGAGGUCGACCAGAACUACGUACCAAUGAGUGCCAACUCCCCCUCGCACCAUCACUCGGGCAGUUUGUCGGAGCCAAUGCACGAACCCAACUAUGUGCCCAUGACCCCGAGCACCAUGGAGUUCUCCUCCCUGGGAAAACAGGUUCCGCCACCCGCCCACAUGGGAUUCCGCUCAAGUCCAAAGACGCCUCCUCGCAGGCCAAUGAUGAGCGACUGCCAGCCCCCACCCGUGGACCGAAAUCUCAAACCUGAUCGCAAAGGUCAGAGUCCUAAAAUAAUAAGAGCAAAAGGUGUCGGUUUAGAGCGAACCGACUCUCAAACCGUAGGUGAAUUCCCGAAGUCACGACGCAAGGGAAGACCCGCUCCACUGGAGAUCAAACCACUGCCAGAAUGGGAGGAGUCUUGCACUCCUGUCCGCUCGCCCGUCACACGGUCAUUUGCUCGGGAUCCCUCUAGGUUUCCAAUGCCAGCGAGACCCCCGUCAGUGCAUAGCACGGCCUCCAGCACUGACUCCGAGGACUCAGCUGAGAAUUAUGUAGACAUGCUCUCUAAUAUGUCCGCAGAUGAACCAAGCAUGAAGCUUCCUGGGCCCAUGCCUGCAGAUGGUGGGAGUAGCCCUAUGGUGAAGCCAAAAGGAGACAAACAGGUGGAGUAUCUGGAUUUGGAUCUUGAAUCUGGCAAGUCUACCCCACCCAGAAAGAUGAAAAGCAAUGGAACUGGCAUUACAGCAUCAGAUGAGCGUGUUGACUAUGUGGUUGUGGACCAGCAACGGACACAGGCCCUUAAGAGCACCCGGGAGGCCUGGAGCGAUGGCCGCCAAUCCACAGAGACAGAUACCCCCGCCAAGGGACCGAAGUGACCCUGUUGACCCAACCACCAACCCACCCUCCAAACCCUCAAACUGUCAGGCCUUUUACACUAGUGUAAAUUCUGGUUUGUGCUUUGAGACGGUCCAACUGUCCAGUUCCACCUCAACGAGGUCCUUGGUAUGAAAGAGCCAGUGGAGCGUGAAAGCCACUCAACUGUCUUUAGUUUACACUGACGUCAGGCCUAGGAGAGAGCACUGUGUAAAGUUGUGUGGGGCCAGGAAUAAGCUGUAUGCAGUAUGAAAGCAGGUGGAGUGACUGGACUAGUCUUCUGCGUUUGACUUAAGCAGACUCAUGGACUUUGAACAUUCACUGCCUCCUAUAUGGAUUAGAGUUUUUGUUGUUCACCUUUCAGUUGCCUGCGGGCUGUUCCAGAGUUAACAUUUCCUGUUGUAAUGCUGUUUGAUAUUGUUUUGGAGUGUAAGUGAAAUCACUUGAUAACAUGAUCACAAUACUUUAUCAAUGCAACACUACUAGUUAGCAUAGCAGGUUAACAGUGUUGAUUUUUCAUCUUUUAGCCUAGUUUGAAUGGACAUAAACCAGAGGUCAGUUUUAUGAGUUCUUUCUGAAGUUAUGGCUGAUGGCCUAAACUGACCUGUGAUCUGUGUCUGAACCAGACUUCACACCGCAAACCCAGUACGACAGAGAUUACUUUAUUUUAAUGCAGAGGCAGUUGAUCUUGUUCAUUUUAAAUAUAACCAAGUGCUAAAUUCAAGCUUUGGAUUCACUCAAGUUUUAAUCCACUGAACAUGAUUUGAUUUCCAUUUAUCUUGUAAGUGGAGAUGCUUCAAUCUGUUAUAAUGGAAGUGCAAAGACUGUACAAAAGUGUUAUGUAUAUAAACAGGAAAAGUGUCCUUUAUUUGUAUGAAAUAUCCAGCGUGUUUGACUCGAAGGUAUAUGGAUUCUGCAGGGUAGAAUCCUGUACCUGUCGUAGAUGGUAUCAGGACUUGUGAUUAAUGAAUGAAUUACUGUGAGUUUUUAAAAGAACAUGACAGGUUUUCUAUAAGUUAUGCAAAGGUAUCAAAUAGGCUAGAGAGAGAGAGAGAAAAUCAGGUACUCUUUAUGAAUGCAUACUAAUACGACUUUCCAUUUCUAAUUUAUUUCUGGAGUUAUUUCAUCAGGUGGAUGUCGUGUCCAUUUUUGGCUCAGUUUUCAUGAUUUAUAUGGAGGUACAUUUGCUAGUGUCUGUUAAAAUGCUUAGUUUGACAAGCAGCGGUCAAUUAGUCUCACAGCUUCAUUUCCAUUUUUCUCUUCCUCAUUUCUCUCUGCUCUUAGGUUUAAUUUAUUUUAAAUUGAACUGGCAUACAGUUUUGGGAAAUUGACUGCCUCAUGUAGUCAACUUGAUGCGUCUUCAUAGAGAAACUCUUUGUCUGCAUAAGUCUCUGCUUUACUAACCGGACACCUCUCCCUGAGAAAUCCCCAAGCAUGUGCUACCACAACAUAAAAUCAUUGCUGUACAUAUUUUGCCAUCAGUUAGAUGAACAUGUAUCUUUUAAAAGUCGUGCCUACUAAGUCAUCUUUAUUCUACUUCACCUUUCUUUAUUGCGGUUCCUUUGUGAUAUGGACUGCAAAGCUGAUGAUGCUUUAGUUUUUUUAACGAAUCUAAAAAGAAAAUGUACAUUUUUAAAGUCGACUAAAUAAAACACAACCUCUUAA